ACAAAAGAUAAGUACGUUUCUUUUUGAAAGCUUCUUAUUUAAGGAGAGCAACUGCAACAUGGUUGCUUUUAUCUUUUUCAAUCGGAUUUGGUGAGCCGUGAAGCAACUUUCGAAAAAAAACAAAUAAAAAAAAAAAAAAAUUCGAGUCGUUCUGGGAAAAAUGGACAAAAAAAGGAAAAUCGAAGCGUUCUUUUGACAAUAACCGCGCGACAGACAACACGGGAUCGAUCGUGGUUGUUGUUCAAGUAUGAUACGAUCAGCUUCUCGAUUGCAUACCGUUGUGCGGUGGCCACCUUUGCACGGACGAAUAUCGCACACUCUGGUACCAAUCACCAUGCCGACCAUGCAACAAAUGCCCAAAUUAUACAAAGAAUUAGUGAAAGCGAAACUGGCAGGUCUAGUAGCAUUGACAGCCAUGUGCGGUUACGCCAUGGCCCCUGGUGCGGCGGCUCUUUCAACUCUGUUUUACACCACCGUCGGUACCACACUAUGUAUCGGCUCGGCGAAUGCUAUCAACCAAUGGAUCGAAACUCCUUACGAUGCACAAAUGUUGCGUACCAGAAACCGUGUCCUUGGACGACGCCAAUUAUCUCAGUUUCACGCUUUUGGUUUUGGUGUGUUGACAGGCACAGCCGGUGUUUCGAUGCUCGCCGCCAUGGUCAAUCCAUUGACAGCUGCUCUGGGAGCGGCCAAUAUCGUUCUGUACACCGCUAUUUAUACGCCAAUGAAACGAGCAUCGAUCGUGAAUACCUGGGCAGGCGCUGUCGUCGGUGCCAUUCCACCAAUGAUGGGCUGGGCAGCCGUGACGAAUUCCUUGGAUCCGGGUGCUUGGGUUUUGGGAGCUAUUCUCUACGCAUGGCAAUUUCCGCAUUUUAAUGCUUUAGCUUGGAAUCUUCGCGCCGACUAUUCCAAGGCUGGAUACCGGAUGAUGGCUGUGACGGAUCCAAAACUCAACGCCAGAGUCUCUCUUCGUUACAGCUUGGCCAUGGUUCCUUUGUGUCUCAGUUUACCUUAUCUUGGCAUCACAACACCCCUCUUUGCUCUCGAUUCCACUGUCAUCAACGCAGCCCUCAUCUGGGGCGCCGUGAAAUUUUGGCGAAAUAGGUAUUUGGACUCAAAUCAAGCAGCUGAAAGUGUAAUUUUCAAAUGCUGAAUUUUGACCCUUUGAAUAGCAAUGACAAGACCGGUCGUCAGCUCUUUUUUGGCAGUGUGAUCCAUUUACCGGUGCUGUUGGCACUCAUGAUGGUUCACAAAACAUAUUCGCAUGAUUCUAUGGAGAUCGAAUACGAAGACGAGCACAUGGAGGAAGAUAUAGAGGAUCAUAAACAGGCAUAAUAAACCACCAAUUGGAGUCAAAGGAUAUAUAUAUUUUUUCUUGGUUUUUUGGUUUUCUGGUUUUUUUUUUUUUGCAAUUACGUUUUUU